AGCGGAGGCGCCUCGUUCAAGAGGAGCAGGCAGGACAAACAUUAACAUGGCCAGCUCAGCUUUGGAGUUACUGGGCUUCUCCCUCAGCCUGCUGGGCCUAAUUGGGACGUUAAUUGCCACCCUGCUGCCCCACUGGUGGCGGACGGCCCACGUGGGCACCAACAUCGUCACGGCCGUGUCCUACACCAAGGGGCUGUGGAUGGAGUGCGCCUGGCACAGCGCCGGCAUCUUCCAGUGCCAAUCCCACCGCUCCCAGCUGGCGCUGCCGCCCGACCUGCGCGCCGCCCGCGCCAUGAUGGUGAUGUCCUGCUCGCUGUCGGCGCUGGCCUGCGGGAUGGCCGCGCUGGGGAUGCGCUGCACGCGCUGCGCCGAGGGCACCCGCGCCAAGGCCUCCGGCGCCGCGUCCGGCGGCGCCGUGUUCGUCGUGGCCGGGCUGCUCUGCCUGGUGCCCGUUUCCUGGAGCACCAACGAGGCGGUCACGGAUUUCUACAGCCCCGUGCUUCCCGGCGGGAUGAGGUACGAGCCGGGCCAGGCGCUGUACCUGGGCUUCGCCUCGGCGGUGCUGACGGUGCUGGGGGGAGCGUUGCUGUGCCGGUGCCGCGGGGAUGGGGAGCGUUUCCAGCCCGGCAGCCUCCGGACUGUUCCCUCCUCCAGACCACCGGCUGCCUACAAGGGAAACCAUCCCUCUUCCCUGACAUCUGCUUCCCACGGCGGGUACAGGCUGAGCGACUACGUGUGAGUUCCCCGGGAGCGGCCGGCGAGACGCAGCUGCUUCGGGAUCUCUGUGCGUGGCACCAGGCAAAGCUGAGGGAACUUUGGAUUUACACUUUGAAUUCACACUUUGAAUUCACACUUUGAAUUCACACUUUGAAUUCACACUUUGAAUUCACACUUUGAAUUUACACUUUGAAUUUAUACUUUGAAUUCAUACUUUGAAUUUACACGUUGAAUUUACACUUUGAAUUUACACUUCGAAUUCAUACUUUGAAUUCACACUUUGAACUCAUACUUUGAAUUUAUACUUUAAAUUUAUAUUUUGAAUUUACACUUUGAAUUCCUACUUUGAAUUUAUACUUUAAAUUUAUAUUUUGAAUUUACACUUUGAAUUUAC